AUAUUUUCUGUAUUCUUCUGCAGCAAAGGACCUUCACAGUUUUCAGGCGAUCUUCUCAAGGAGUUUCAGUACCAAUUUUUCAGGUAAUAAAAAAUGGAAUUUGUUAGUGAAGUAGGAGAACUCCGGGGUAACCAGGGCAUGGACGGGGAAGAGAACGUGAUGGCAGUAGAACCCAUUACCAUGAUUGUACCACCGGAACUGCAAGACGUGUCGGAAACCCCUACGGCGGAGGGCAGUGCCAGUUCAGGGGCGCAUGAGGAUUCCGGUGCUAACCCCUCUCCGUCAUCUGAAGGGUCGUCAUCAGAAGACACUGCUAGUGCAAGUAGCACCUCGCUGGAAAGUAUGGAAGUGGCCGUAAACGUACCUCCGGUUGCAGGCUGGGAAAACAAAACCAUAGGUGGUAGGUUAAGCAACCUCCGCAAGGCGCCGAAUACAUUGACGGCCGGAUUUCGGUUUCGGGCGAACCUGCAUCAUGAGGUAGCAGAUUGUCCUACCUCCAUUAAAGGGUACAAGAGGCUGGAGGAGGUAGUGAGACGAUACCACGUUCCUAGGACAGUUUUGUUACGAACAGGGACCAAAAAUGAAAGGGCCUGCAGUGUGUCAGCAACAGGGUGGAUACCUGUAUAUGUGGACCAUUUCGACGCCGGCCUGAGGUUUCCUUUAUCCGGGCUGAUUUUCGACAUUUUGUCAGAGUACGAACUGGCGCUCACACAGUUGACUCCCAACAGUAUAAAAUUCAUCGUAGGGUUUAUGUUGCUGUGUGCACGGCUGCAGAUACCUGCGAAGGCCAUUGUUUUCAGGUCGCUAUUUUUGUGCCGGCUGAGCAGUGCACAGACGAGGUGGUACUACAUUUCUGGACGAGAGAAAAUGGCCAUCUUCAAGAACAUAAGGAAUAAGGUGUCUCGUUGGAAGAGACAGUUUAUAUUUGUCUGGGAUACGCGAGCAGAGAGGGUUAGCACCGAUCUGGCAGCUCGUCUAUCUGAGUGGCGCCCAGGGCAUGCGUACAUGAAUUACCCCACCUUAACCCCAGGCGACCUGGAGCUUAGGGAUAGGAUCACUAAUUAUGUGAAGGGAGGGGGGUUAGUUGAUUUGGAAGCCCUGGUUACCCCUGAGGUGCUCACUUUGCGUGGGUUUGUGGAUAUCCCGAACCUGUUUAGUGAAGGAGAGAUGAGUAGCAUGCUUGAGAGACAACGGGAGCGAGCUCAGCGUUCUCGUGGCAGGGGAACUGGGUCUGGCGCGAGGAGGCAAACGCGCUUUGACGAGCUACCACCUGCAGCACCUCGCAGCUCGGCGCAGAGGGAACAGGGCUCCAGCUCGGUCUCGCGGCCAGCGGCUGAGCGCAGGGUUGGAUUCCGGGAGACAACCUGGCGUGGUGCGUUCACCUGAGGCGCCC